AUGGGGUUCUUUACUAUGCCCGAGUUGAACACCCGUCUGGGCACCCUCCGUGCCUAUCAUCUGGCAGCUAUUGUCUUCAUAUCCUCAUUCCUAUCUGCCUACGAUUCAGGUGUUGCAGGUGGCAUCUUAACCUACAAAUCCUUCCAAGCCGACCUGGGCUACAAGACUAUAUCCCAGUCCAAGGUGUCCUCGCUCACCGUUGGUCUCGAGCAACUAGGAUCGUUCAUUGGAGCAGCAGUGGUCUACCCAUUGACAAACAAAUAUGGACACAAGCUCACUAUCCUCGGCUCGACAGCCCUCUUUAUCAUAGGCGUCAUCAUACAAGUCAUCAAAACCCACUCUCUGGCAGCUUGGUACAUCGGCCGUAUCAUCGCCGGUCUGGGCAUGGGUGGCCAGAGUGUUGUCAUCCCCAUGUACUCAGCAGAGAUGACACCAAAGGAGAUUUGUGGUCGAUGUGGUUCUUUCUACCAGUGGCUCUAUGCAUGGGGUGUCUUCACGGCAUACUGGAUUGACUAUGGUGUAGCGAAGAGCAACUCUAUCGCGGGUACUUCACGCGAGUGGCAGAUCCCCGUUGGACUACAGCUGAUCUCGGGAGGAAUCCUCUUCAUCGGCAGCUUCACCUUACCGGAAUCGAUCCGUUGGCUACUGACACAAAACCGCACCGACGAGGCCUGGAAGUCCAUUACCUGGAUCCGCGGCGACGAAGAUAUCAAGACCCGAGAAGAAUUCACAGAAACACAGUUAGGACUUCAAGCAGAGCGCGCAGAGCGCGAGGGCUUCUCAUACCGCGAGCUUCUCGAGCCAGCCAACCGCCUCCGCUUCAUCGUUGGACCUCUACUGUUCAUUUUCCAGAAUGCCACGGGAAGCAGUGCACUGGCUGUUUUCGCGCCACAGUAUUUCAAGUUGAUUUCGGGCAGUGGAACGAACCGUAACAUGCUGUUCACUGGUUUGUUUGGUGCUGUCAAGGUUAUUGCUACUACUUAG